AUGGCUCUUCCAGUACUUCUUCUCCUUCUCUUCAUCACAAUCCCCUUCUCAGAAUCCAAACUCUCCAUGGAAUAUUACAAAAAAACAUGCCCCGAUUUGGAAAGCAUUGUACGUGACACCGUGACCUCAAAACAAAUGGCCAACCCCACCACCGCCGCCGGCACUCUCCGCCUCUUCUUCCACGACUGCAUGGUCGAAGGCUGCGACGCCUCCAUUCUCAUCUCCUCCAACCACAUCAACAUCGCAGAGCGCGAUGCCGACAUCAACCAAUCCCUCUCCGGGGACGCCUUGGAGGUCGUGGCACUUGCCAAGACCGCCCUCGAGCUCACCUGCCCAGGCAUUGUCUCCUGCUCUGACAUCCUCGCCCUAGCCACACGCAACCUCGUCACCAUGGUCGGCGGCCCGUUUUACAACGUCCGCUUGGGACGAAAAGACGGAAAGGUUUCUCAAGCUUCAAGAGUGGAAGCCAAUCUCAUCAGAAGCAACCGAACCAUGGAGGACAUCAUCAACUACUUCGCGGUUAAAGGCUUCACGAUCGAAGAGAUGGUGGCUUUGAGUGGUGGACACACAAUUGGAUUCUCCCAUUGCAGAGAAUUCGCGGACAGAAUUUUCAAUUACAACAGAACCACACCAACAGAUCCUGAAAUGUACCCAAACUUUGCUGAAGGGCUGAAGAAAACUUGUACCAACUAUCAAACGAACACCGCCAUGUCUGCUUUCAAUGACGUGAUUACACCGGGGAAGUUUGAUAAUAUGUAUUAUCUGAAUCUAAAGAGAGGGUUGGGGCUGUUGUCUUCGGACCAUGCACUUGUUAAGGAUCCGAGGACGAGGCCGUUUGUGGACUUGUACGCUGCCGACCAGGCUGCUUUCUUCAAGGCUUUUGCUCAUGCGAUGGAGAAGCUUGCCCAUCAGGGAGUCAAGACUGGUCGCAAGGGUGAGGUCAGACACAGGUGUGAUGCGUUCAACUUCAUUCAGUCUUAG